AUGAGGACCAUGACCAUACAGCUUGGCAGCCCUGAGACCUUCGAAGCAAAGUUGGAACAGGCGCAGAAUGACCUGGGGAUUUCCCCGAUGGAGCAUGUGCCUGUUCAGUACAUUGACGAGCAGGAUCUCAUGUCCGAGCUCCUGCCUCACAUCCCAACUCUGCUGUUUUUGAUCCCACUCCUUUUCGCGGCUAGAUUCAUGGCCAAUGGCAUGGGCCCAGGGGCACCCGGAGUGGGAGGGCCCGGCGGCAGAAACAUCUUCAGUAUAGGCAAGGCGUUCCCUGCUGGGUCCAAGGACCUGAAGUCCAAGGUAAAGUUCGCCGACGUGGCCGGCCUGGACCAAGCUAAGGCGGAGGUUGUCGAGUUCGUGGACUUCCUCCGUUCGCCCGCAAAGUACGAGCAGCUGGGUGCACGCGUCCCCAAGGGUGGGCUUUUGGUCGGCCCACCUGGUACAGGUAAGACGCUGCUAGCGAAGGCAGUGGCUGGAGAGGCAGACUGCCCGUUCUUCUCCAUGAGCGGUUCUGACUUCAUCGAGAUGUUCGUUGGUGUCGGCCCCUCCAGAGUGAGGGACUUGUUUCAGCAGGCACGCGCAAAUUCCCCAUCCAUCAUCUUCAUCGAUGAGAUUGAUGCGGUAGGGCGCCGGCGUGGCAAGGGUGGAUUCAGCGGCGGCAACGAUGAGCGUGAGAACACGCUCAACCAAAUGCUUGUGGAGAUGGACGGCUUUACUUCAGGCACCGGUGUGGUGGUCCUAGCAGGCACCAACCGAGUGGACAUCUUAGAUCCAGCUUUGACUCGGCCUGGUCGCUUCGAUCGUCAGAUUGCCAUCGACAAACCUGACCUGGCAGAGCGAGAAAAAAUUUUCAUGGUCCACCUGAAGCCAGUAACCUUGGCAAAGGAACUCUCCGCUGAGGAGGUGGCCAAGCGAAUGGCCUCGCUUACACCUGGCUUUGCUGGAGCAGACAUUGCAAACAUUUGUAACGAGGCUGCCAUUUUUGCUGCACGGCGCACUGCGGAAUCAGUGGAGAUGCAGGACUUUGAGCGGGCCACAGAGCGGGUUCUCGGGGGCUUGCCCAAGCAGAACAGCUUGAUGAGCCCUGCCGAGAAGAGGACAGUGGCCCUCCAUGAGUCUGGGCAUGCUGUGGCCGGGUGGUUCCUGGAGCACGCAGAUCCCCUCCUCAAGGUGUCCAUUGUGCCGCGAAGUAGCGGUGCUUUGGGCUUUGCUCAGUACCUGCCUGCAGAGAUGAGCCUCUUCAGCAAGGAAGCCAUUCUCGACAAGAUUGCCGUAGCCCUGGGCGGGCGCGCGGCUGAGGAGCUCUUCGUGAAGAAGAUCUCCACAGGAGCCUCUGAUGAUCUUGACAAGGUGACCAAGAUGGCUUACUCCAUGGUGGCUGUUUACGGCAUGAACUCAGAGCUCGGUCUGCUCUCCUAUGGGCAGAACAACGCAUCCGAGCAGUUCUACAAGCCGUACAGUGAAGAGACUGGCCGAAAGAUUGACGAACAAACGAGGAGCAUCGUGGACGAGCAGUACAAACGGGUCAAGGAGCUCCUGCAGGAGCAGAGUGACAAGCUGCAGAAGUUGGCAGAUAAGCUGGCCGAGAAGGAGACACUGGUCUAUCAUGACCUGGUGGAGGUGCUGGGAGAGCGACCCUAUUCGAUUAAGGAGGAGCUCAACAAGUUUGUCACAGCCGGUGGGAACCCCUUCACGGCUGCCAUGGGCUCCAAAGAAUCUGCUGAGAAUGAAGAGGACAAGGAGAACAAGGAUGGUCAGGAAAGCAAUGGGGACGGCGCGGCUGCGACUCAGGCGCAGGGUAGCGAAUCAAAUGCCAAGGAACAACAGGCCCAAGCCUAG